CUUUUUAACCUUGCUGAAGGACGCAGCAGUAUUUAUUGACGUAUGCAAAUAACUGGGGGAGGGUGGUGCUUGGGAAAAAAACAGGAACCAGAAUCAGUUUCUCAUUGCAGGGUGAAUGCUCUGAGUUCCGGUGAAGGGAAAAGAGACGUGGCGAAAUUGCUGUCUUUCUGUCUUAAAAGCACAUCUCUCACUAAUACAGAAAAGGAACCAAGACACCAGAAAGGCUGCGCAAACCAUGCAGGAUGAUUUACUGAUGGACAAAAGCAAAACCCAGCCCCAGCCCCAGCCCCAGCAGCAGCAGCGGCAGCAGCAGCAGCAGCAGCAGCAGCAGCAGCAGCAGCAGCAGCAGCAGCAGCAGCAGCAGCAGCAGCAGCAGCAGCCCCAGCCCGAGCCCAGCGCAGCCGAAGCCCCGUCCACCGCCCUCUCCUCCGAGACCCCCCAGCCGGAGGACAGCAGCGCAGUGCCGGCGCUCAGCCCCGCCGCGGCCCCAUCGGCCUCCAACGGCCCGGACAAGAUGCAGAUGGAAUCGCCGCUUCUGCCGGGCUUGAGUUUCCACCAGCCCCCUCAGCAGCCGCCGCCGCCGCCGCCGCAGGAGCCCGCGGCGCCCGGCGCGUCGCUGUCGCCGUCCUUCGGAAGCACCUGGUCCACGGGCACCACGAACGCGGUGGAGGACAGCUUCUUCCAGGGGAUCGCCCCCGUCAACGGGACCAUGCUCUUCCAGAACUUCCCGCACCACGUCAACCCCGUCUUCGGAGGCACCUUCUCCCCGCAGAUCGGCCUGGCGCAGACCCAGCACCACCAGCAGCCGCCGCCGCCGCCCGCGCCCCCGUCGGCGCCGCCCGCGCAGCCCCCGCAGGCGCAGCCCCCGCCGCAGCGCCGCUCGCCCGCCAGCCCCAGCCAGGCGCCCUACGCGCAGCGCAGCGCCGCGGCCGCCUACGGCCACCAGCCGAUCAUGACCAGCAAGCCGUCCUCGUCCUCGGCCGUGGCCGCCGCCGCCGCCGCCGCCGCCGCCGCCUCGUCGGCCUCGUCCAGCUGGAACACGCACCAGAGCGUGAACGCCGCCUGGAGCGCCCCGUCCAACCCCUGGGGCGGCCUGCAGGCGGGCCGGGACCCCCGCCGGGCGGUGGGCGUGGGCGUGGGCGUGGGCGUCGGCGUGCCGUCGCCGCUCAACCCCAUCUCGCCGCUCAAGAAGCCCUUCUCCAGCAACGUGAUCGCGCCCCCCAAGUUCCCGCGUGCGGCCCCGCUCACCUCCAAGUCCUGGAUGGAGGAUAACGCGUUCCGGACCGAUAACGGUAACAAUCUGUUGCCAUUUCAGGACCGGAGUAGGCCCUAUGACACUUUUAACUUGCACUCGUUGGAGAACUCCUUAAUGGAUAUGAUAAGGACUGAUCAUGAGCCUCUGAAAGGUAAACACUACCCUCCCAGUGGGCCACCAAUGAGUUUCGCUGAUAUAAUGUGGAGGAAUCAUUUUGCAGGACGUAUGGGAAUAAAUUUCCAUCAUCCAGGAACAGAUAACAUUAUGGCACUUAACACCAGGAGCUAUGGGCGAAGACGAGGUCGGUCUUCUCUCUUUCCCUUUGAAGAUGCCUUCCUGGAUGACAGUCACGGGGAUCAGUCCUUGUCAUCUGGCUUAAGUUCUCCCACUCGCUGUCAAAAUGGAGAACGAGUUGAACGCUACUCUAGAAAGGUGUUUGUUGGGGGCCUUCCUCCUGAUAUCGAUGAAGAUGAGAUCACUGCCAGCUUCCGCAGGUUUGGACCUCUUGUCGUAGACUGGCCUCACAAAGCUGAAAGCAAGUCGUAUUUUCCUCCUAAAGGCUACGCCUUUCUGCUGUUCCAGGAGGAGAGCUCGGUCCAAGCUUUGAUAGACGCCUGCUUAGAAGAAGAUGGGAAGCUCUACCUGUGCGUGUCCAGCCCCACCAUCAAGGACAAACCGGUGCAAAUUCGACCAUGGAACCUAAGUGACAGUGACUUUGUAAUGGAUGGUUCUCAGCCUUUGGACCCCAGAAAAACUAUCUUUGUUGGGGGAGUUCCACGACCCCUCCGAGCUGUUGAACUGGCAAUGAUCAUGGACCGUUUGUAUGGUGGCGUCUGCUAUGCUGGUAUUGAUACGGACCCAGAGCUGAAGUACCCCAAAGGUGCCGGCCGUGUGGCGUUCUCCAAUCAGCAGAGUUACAUCGCAGCCAUCAGUGCGCGAUUUGUGCAGCUCCAGCACAAUGACAUUGACAAGCGGGUGGAAGUGAAGCCAUAUGUGCUGGAUGAUCAGAUGUGUGAUGAGUGCCAGGGCACGCGCUGUGGUGGGAAGUUUGCCCCAUUCUUCUGUGCCAACGUCACCUGUCUGCAGUAUUACUGCGAAUACUGCUGGGCGAGCAUACAUUCCCGCGCCGGGCGGGAGUUCCACAAACCGCUGGUGAAGGAGGGAGGCGACCGCCCUCGCCACGUCCCGUUCCGCUGGAGCUGAGCCCAGGGCAGACCCAGCCACAAGUACUGGAGUAGAUAACAAAGAGGGAAAAGAGCGGGCACUGCCUCAGGGCUUACAGUGUUCUGGAAAUCUGUGCAUUUGUUCUCGAUUUUUAAAGAAGAAAUGGGUCUUUUUAUUAUUAUUUUUCUUCUUCUUCUUCUUCUUUACAGUCAUAUUACUGAACUCAGUGUCCAGUAUAAUGCAGAAUUGCAGAGUGUAUAACGGUACUGAUUUGCACUUUGAUUCACACCUGUAAUGCUUGGUACCUUAAUUUCUUCCACCUGAUUUCUCACUCGACGGUAUGUAGACUACCAUUCUCAUCAGCAGCCAUCAGGUUGAUGUCUGUGAUAUUUUGUUGUUGUUGUGUUGUUUUUCUGAUUGUUUUUGAACUGGAGCAUGCACUUAUUUUCAGAAACUUAGAGAGUCGCCCCUAGGAGAAGACUUACCAAAGGUAAUGCUGAGUAGAUGGCACAUGUAGCAAAAACUUCACAACAAUUCAGCAAUCAUUAGUAGGGGUCAUUUAGAGUAAGGAUAACCCUUAAUGAAAAUAAGCCUUUAGUUGCUCUCUGUUUUGACAUGUAAGGAUACCUCAUAAGCUAAAUCUUUUUUUUUUCCUUCAUGUUUGAUUUUUGUUUUGCUGAGGAUUUUGGUUAGAUCUUUUAGUGUUAUGUAAAUUUAUGCUGCAAUAGCUUUUGCUGCUAUUAAAAUGGUAUUAAUAAUACCAUAAUACUCUAUUCAGGCUAAGGUAUCAAUUAAAAACAAACCCAACAACACACUUUUGUGAUUUAGAAUCAGCUGCCGACAGGAGAUCAGAAUAGAUCAGAAAGCCUCAAUGGAAGGUCACGAUUUCUGACUGCAUGUUUACUUAAUCAGGUUGCUGCAUGCAAUAAAUUUUAUAUCCAAUGUCUAGUAUAACACCUUCCCACAAUGCACAAAUUAAGAAUCUAUAUAAGCUAUAAAAUACUGAUUUUUUUAAAGGAUUUUUUUCAUUCAAAGAAUCGGUAAUGGACUGGAGGAAGGCAUGCCUCAGUGAACAGAAUGCUUCUGAGAUGAGGAAGAGCCCCUACAGAAUGCCCCAUAUUACAACCAAUAGAAAACCUAGGUGUAGGAUAUUCUUAAAGCAAAUUUGUGGAUGGUAGAUGAAGUACUUUGCGGUGCUGUUAUAUAUUGUGCAAUUUAUUUUAUAUAGUAAAGUGAUUAUGUCUAACUGUGAUCAAACUUAACUGUUUAAAGCCUCUGUGUCAGACAUUAACAAACUUGACGGUUCCUAACUGGUAUAUUAUUAACUAACACAUGAGCUCUUAGUUACAAUCUCCUAGUGCUUGCACCAUUUACAUAGCUUCAUACCUUGUCCAGAAAACCAAAGAGCUCAUCUUAGCUUACAAACACUAGGAAUAUAUACAGUAUAUAGAGAUAAGUUGUCAGAUUGACAAACUAGGCACAUUUUAAGGAAGUUUUGGGUUGGUAAUGCUAAAGAAAUGUCUGUACAAACUAGGAUGGCCUGGACAGGGCUGGUUGUCUGUGUGAGAAAUUAACUACUUAAUUCCCUGGAUUUAUCCUGUAAAGCUUGAAUAGAAUUAAGACCUGCUAGUACUACCAUGGACAUUUUUUUAGCAUUCACUCUUGGGCCGCAGAUAGUAAUAUAUAUAAACACACGAUGAUUGUGAAAUUAUGUAAAUCUUUUUUUUUUUAAUCUUCCUAUGUUUUGGAAUUCGGGGACAAUCUGACUGGAUAUGACACUGCAGAAUAGUUUUAAGUUGCUAUGUUUUAUGUGCUGUGACGUCCUGGUACUGUCUUAAGUUAAUAUUGCUUGUUUUUUGUUUUGUCAUUGUGUUUCUUCAGUGUUCAGUUGCAAUUACCAGCUCUCAAGUUAUGGUUUGUUUUCAAAAAGGAAAAACAAAAUAAUAGAUAAUAGUUUUUUACAGAAUUUAAAAAAAAAUGCAUAUUAGAAUUCUCCCCUUCUGCGGUUACCUCUGGGCUUUUUGGUAAUGAUUGCUUUUUUCCAGCCCAGCUGUGGUUUUCUGUUUGUUUGUUUUCUAUGUUUGUGGUUUUUUUUCAUCUGUACAAGAAAUUUUGUUAUGCACUACUACUUUUUGUAUUCUAGACAGUUUUCAAAAGUUGGCUGAAGAUCUGUUUGUUUUAAGGAAAAAGGCAUGCUUUCUGACCGACAUGAUCUUUUGCAAUACCUCAAUUUUGAAAUAUAGGAAAGAAAAUGAUAUUUUCUAAGUAAGUUUAUUCAGAAAAAUAUAUAUUAAUUUAAUUCUGCAAGAAAAAUGAUUUAACAGAUGGGUAACUUUAUUUUUUUCAUGCUUAUUUGUGUUUUUUGAAAAUGAAGAAGUUAGAGCUUUAUAACUAUAAUAUAAAAGAUCAUAUCUAACUACAGAAAUCUACCUAAUUAUGUGAAAGAAGCAAAACUUUUUGAAGAAGCACCCCUCCUUUCAUGUACUAAAAUAACACUGAGAUUUAAAAGAAAAAAGAAAAGUUGGAAGAUUGUAAAGCAUAAGGUGAAAGUGAAGGCAAGAAAAACCUUGUCAUAAAGAAUAGGCUACAAACAAUAAACUCCAUUUGGUGCUGAAAGUUGUGAAUAGAUGGUGGAAACUACUUUCCCUUAAUUUGUAUAUUUAUAAUCCAGCGUUGAUUGUGCUCGACUGACCAGGAUUGUGAAAGAGUUCUUCUGUUUGUAUUUUUUUAAAGAGAACUUUUUUAGUUUAUUAAAUUAUAACAUGUUCCCUUUUGUUUUGUAAAUAAAUGUGCCCCAAGUUGUUAAUGUUAUAGUAAAAGAGAGGGUCCUUCAAAAGAAAAUUAUUUUUUAAAACACAGAGGUGUUCUGACCUGCAACUUGACUGGGAAGGGCCUGGCUGUCACAGGCCCUGUGACUGGGCCCUUUCCUCGAUGUGACACUUGAACUAGUCGAUUUUUUGAAGGCUAAAACCUAACCUCGACUAUUUGUUGUUAUGUGCAAUACUGUUUGUACUGUUUGUAUAAAAAAUAGAAAAAAAAAGAAAAGAAAAAAGGCAUAAAUCUUUAUUGCAGAUUUAUUUUCAUUGCAGACUUUAGACAUUGUGAUUCACUGAAAUCAUUUUUCUACUGUCAAAUAUGUACCUUUUCUUCAUGCUGGUAUUUUUUCAAUAGUAAUGUAGCCUUUGUACUGAGACAAAUUUUCAUUGUUAUUUUUAGAAAGAUUUUUUGCUAAGAAAAAAAUUAAACAUAUUUACAUAUUUUUCAUUUUAUUUCGUAUUUUCUUUAAGGAGUGCUUUCUCAAUCAUUAAUAGAGUUGUUUCUGGGAGGGACUUUCAUAUCUGGUCAAUGUCAUAAUAUUAUUUUGUAUUUUUACUUGGAAUAAAUUAAUUUUAUGAUGCUAAUUCUUUAAAAGUUUAUUUUUUUCAUUUUCAGUUAUUUUUUGAAGCUAAAACCUUUGUAAUAUUGUUACUAAAGUGUCUAGUUUUUUGAAAUGCAAAGCUUUAUGUAUUAACUUGCUGAUGUGGUUUACAAUAGUGUGACAACGAUGAAAAUGGUUGGUUCUGUAAAGUGACUGGAAAAUGUAAUGGAUAAUUGGGUAAUAAAAUGACAGAAUGAGCAUAACAUGUGAGAUUUGACAAGCCUUUUCCUUUGUUCUAGUGGUUCAGUGUAAGGCUAGGGAUGUCGCAGUGCGUUUAUACAACACCAGGUGCGGCUAAGUCUGGCCCAAUAAUCACGUCACCUCUCCUCCAGUCUCACCCAUUUUGAAACGUGGCCAGGUCAGCCCAAUGAUGCUCUGCUUUCUCCCUCUCACUUCAUGCGUCCUGUGUGUGUGCUUGAACGCAGGCACGUCUGCUGCCAGCUGCUGUCUCUGUGCCACGCAGUGCCUGGGUCCAUCCGAGAAUCAGAGGAAGUUGCUGAGAGGACACAGCGGUCUGUGUAGUCAGGCUGGAACCCAAGUGUCUCACCUGUUGCCCCUCAUCCGGCUGGCGUGGCACACGAAGGACGCACACUUGGACAUCACCUCCGCAUCUCGAUAGCCUCGAACACCAUCCUCCUCCUCCCACCCGUGCUUCUUGUUUGUCCCUUCAUGUGGCAGCACAUUUUGCCACUCCCAACAUGAUCUGUGUGCUCUCCUGUUGACUUCCCACACUCACCUCACCUGGAAAGCGUGCAUUUAAGGUGGCAUGUCAUAAUGGCACCUAAAAUUGAACAGCCACCAGAAAAAAAAAAAACUGCAAAACUGGUGUUGUAUAAACAGAAACAUCCAACACUUGCUCUAGAUUAGAUGGUUGUGUUCCUGCUGGUCCUUGAUAGCCUCUUCCAUACCCUGGGGCCGUGGAGGCGAGGUUAUCAAUAACUGGAAGAAACACACGUCCAGCGCUGGCUCUUGGGUAUACUCUUAUGUAUUCAGUUUUGUAAAUAACCUAGAUUAGAUCAAGUAGUGAUGUAAAAUUUUAACUCAAAUUGGGUAUUAGUGGUUGGAAUUUUACAUUAACUACAAAUAAGUGAUUAGGAACAGGAGAAAAGAAAUGGGAAAAUUCUUGCUUUAGUGGUAUAAAGAUUAUGCUUAGAUUUCUGCCUAUAUCUUGUGUUUUCUAGCUUGUUAGUGAGGCAUGGGCUAAUGCAGUGUGGACUGCAUUCACGCAAUUAGCAAAUAACUGCUAGUUUUCAUUUUAUCUCUUAGCAAAAAAAAAAAAACAAAAAAACAAAAAAAAAAUUAAAAAAAUGGAAUUUAACUGGGUAAAGCUCCUAUCUAAAUAUUUGACUAUUGUGACAUCUCUUCUUGCAAGGUUUGAGUGAAAGACUGUAGUCACAGAUUAGUGGGGGGAAUAAAAGUAUCUUUUUUUGUUAAAUCGGCUUAUUUGUAUGGAUUGUUGCUUUUACACCAGUUUGUAUGGUAUGUCAGCUAACAUUUUGUUGUUUUUUUUUUAUAAUCAAAUUUCUUUAUCUCAGCUGCAAUAGUGUUCCAUUUUACCACAGAGUAUUUUAUAAUUAAUGCUGUUGACUUUAUACCCCAAAAUGGAUCAAGAAGUGUGAUUUGGGGAUGUUUAAAUUUGUAUGACCAUAAAGUUAAUAGCAACAAGUAGAAAGUUCGGGUGCUACACAGGAUAUCUGCUCUUCUCUUUUCUGGAUACAGUUCUGUUGGGGUAUAAAGUAUUAGGUAUUUGUAUUUUUGCUGUCACAAUAAUCGACAUAACUCUAGAGUGUUCACAGCUAAGAUCUCUGUAUUUGUUUUUCAACUAACAACUAAUUUCAAAUGUAUUGUACCUUUUAUUACUUGUUCUCUUAGAUUGUUUUUGCUAGUAACUCUUAACUCAGCUUCUGCCUCUGGGCUAGGGCUAAUAGUGCUUGUAUGGAAUCAUGGAGCUCAAUGCAGCUAUUGCUCACAACUGCUUCAACUUUGUAGUUUGGACUUUUUUUUUCUGUAAUUACAACUUAUUAAAUCUAGUUGUAUGAAGUA